AUGACCGGAGCCGCUCAUUCACCCCAAACAAAUGGAGCUUCGCAAAGAGAUGGCGGAAGCAGAGGCGUCCUAGAUGCCGCUCGUUUAACCCAUGAGCUCACCCUCUCCCCAAGACCUAUACCUGCACCCGAUUCACCGGAGCUCUGGGCCCAAGGCGAAGCAACAGACCACAUGAUUCUGGCACGUUACAACCCGACAAAUGGAGGAUGGGCUGCACCAGAGCUAGUGCCUUAUGGGCCUAUCUCGCUUAUGCCAACAGCCGCAGUGCUCCAUUACGCCACAGAGUGUUUCGAGGGAAUGAAGCUAUACCGGGGCGUAGACGGCCGCAUUCGGCUUUUCCGACCCGAGCACAACGCAAAUCGCAUGCGCCAAUCUGCUGCACGAGUAUCUCUCCCGGAUUUCCCAGCUGAGCAACUGGUCAAGUUGAUUGCCGCACUCGCCGCCGUUGACGCGCCGCGGUGGCUACCAAAGGACCGACCUGGCACGUAUCUAUACAUACGGCCAACAAUGAUUGCGACUCAACCGUCGUUGGCCAUCAAGAAAGCUAGUGAAGCGCUUCUAUAUAUUAUGCUAGUGUGCUUUCCCGACUUCGAUAACCCGACUGGCAGCUUGGGACCUCCACAAGGCGGAAAGGUGCGACGACCCGGUCUGCGACUCCUUGCGUCGAGUAAAGAUAUGGUUCGAGCAUGGCCGGGCGGCUUUGGAAAUUGCAAAGUGGGCGCCAACUACGGUCCCUCAAUUAUUGCGAGCGCUGCAGCUGCGCAGCAAGGCUUUGAUCAGAUUUUGUGGCUUCUUGGAGGCGAGGAAUGGGUGACGGAGGCGGGUGCUUGCAACUUCUUCGCCUUGAUCAAGCCCAAGGGCGGCCUGGGUAAAACGCAAUUGCUGACCGCACCUUUGGGGAACGGUGUUGUGCUGCCAGGAGUGACACGCACCAGCGUUCUCGAAACCGUCAGUGAAACGCUUGCGGACGAUAUUGACGUCGUGGAGCGUAAUUUUUCGAUCCGUGAGUUGAUAGAUGCUGCCAAGGAUGAUAGAUUGGUGGAAUGCUUCGUCUGUGGCACAGCUUUCUUUAUCACCCCAGUAGGAGAGAUCAGUUACGAAGGGAAAGCGGUUGUAAUACCUGUUGGAGAUGAACGGGGCGGAUCAUUAAAUCUUGUCGAGAGGUUGAGGGAAAGACUUUGGGCAAUCAUGCACGGCGAGAUAGAACAUCCUUGGGGCUAUAUUGUUGAAGAAGGUGAAGUGUCAACGCCAUGA